UGAGGGCGGAAGUUGUGAGUGUGGCGGAAGGCGGGUCAGUUCAGUUGUCUCGGAGACUCAUCAUGUCGGCGGACUGUUGAAGCUCUUUACUGUCAGGAAGGAUCGAGCUGUGUGUGUGUGUUUGUGUGUGUGUUGGCUCCGCAGCGGUAACACGGUGUCAGUGGGUCAGUGUGUGUGUGUGUGAGGCUGAGUGUGUGAACGAGUCGAGAGCACAGGCAGUCCGGACGGUGUGUGUGUAUGUUUGUGUGUGAGUGUGUGUGUGUGAGGCGGCGACAUGACACAACAAGGAGCAGCGCUGCAGACCUACAACAACGAGCUGGUCAAAUGCAUUGAGGAGCUGUGCUCGAAGCGUGAGGAGCUGAACCGUCAGAUCCAGCAGGAGGAGCAGGAGAAGGCUCGCCUGCAGCACGACAUCGCCGUCCUGACGGAGAAACUGAGCCGGGUCAACGAGAGCCUGGCUCAGAGGCUCACGGCACGCGACACGUUCGACCGCACCAUCGCCGAGACAGAGGCUGCCUACAUGAAGAUUCUGGAGAGUUCACAGACCCUUUUGAGUGUCCUGAAGAAGGAGGCAGGGAACCUCAGCAAAGCCACAGAGCCCAGAGCAAAGGACCACAGACCUUGAAGAAAUGUUGAGCUCCAUCUGAACCAUUUGACCACCAAACACACCAGCGUUGACUCUGCACUUUUAAUGCUGUUUAUACCCCACUCUGGAUUAUCUGUAAGGUGUCCAAUUUUGCAUUUUACUGUCACAUAGUUUCUCUUUUGUCUAAAGUUUGUUAUUUCAAUAAAGGUGUCUCUAAAGAUUU